CACCAAUUCACCACAUCUCUCCAAUGGCUCCCAAAAGCAGCCAGCCACCCUCGAGCGCCUCACAAAAGACCAAACAGCAAUCGAUAUCGAGCUUCUUCACACCUAAACCCUCCCAAGCACCGAAAGUUACGCACAAACCACCUCCGCAGCCGAAGUCCCCGGUCAGCAAUGGUGCGACUCACAACGAUCGCGCUGAGGAGGCUUUGCCUCUAGGGAACUCAAUACUGGGUCGAAAGCGCACAGUUCCUGUACCUAGUGAUGAUGGCGAGUCUCCGAAGCGACUGCGAGUUGCGGACAGUGAAGAUGCGCGGCCAUCGCUCAGUCAGGUGACUGCAGCAAGUCUGAACACGCCCAAGCCCACGAAGCUCACAGACAGGACAUCGAAGUUCCUGUUCUCCUCAUCUCCUCCGCGACGCGACGAGAACGAAGCCGCUGCCGAAGAAGAUGCCGCAGGAACACAACGGGAGAAGGAGAGGCUCCACGAGAAGUUCGUCAAGAAGCUCGGGCGCCCAGACAGUUUUGCGGAGCUUCGCAGGAGGAAUAAGACCUUGACUGAAGAGGAGGCCAACGGCGAGGGUGAAGGUGAGGAGGAUGAAGAGGAGCAAGAGGCAUCUAAACCUGCAAAAGGGAAGAAAGGUGCGGCGACGAAGAAGAAGUCGGCCUCGAAGUUGACGCCAAUGGACAAGCAAUACCUAGAGAUCAAGCGAAAACACCUCGACACUAUCAUCGUAAUGGAAGUCGGAUACAAAUUCAAGUUCUUCGGUGAGGAUGCAAGGACAGCAUCGAAGGAGCUAGGAAUUGUGUGCAUUCCAGGCAAGUUCAGGUACGACGAGCAUCCAUCCGAAGCACAUUUGGAUAGAUUCGCAUCUGCAAGCUUUCCGGUACAUCGGUUGCAAGUUCACGUCAAACGACUCGUCAAAGCGAACCACAAAGUCGGAGUGGUACGGCAGAUCGAGACCGCGGCGCUCAAGGCAGCUGGGGACAACAGAAACACGCCAUUUGUACGGAAGCUUACGAACCUCUACACAAAGGGUACAUACGUUGAUGAUGUCGAAGGCUUGGAGACGGGAUCGGAAAGUCCAGGUCCUGGUGCACAAGCGACUGGCUACCUACUGUGCAUCACCGAGACCAACGCGAACGGCUGGGGCACCGAUGAAAAGGUGCAAGUCGGUCUUGUCGCCGUUCAACCUGCGACUGGAGACAUUAUCUACGACGACUUUGAAGACGGCUUCAUGCGAAGUGAGAUUGAAACACGCUUACUUCACAUUGCGCCGGCUGAAUUCCUGGUCGUGGGUGAUCUGUCGAAGGCGACAGACAAGUUGAUACAGCACCUUUCAGCGAGCAAGACUAACGUGUUCGGGGAUCGUUCGCGUGUUGAAAGAGUAGAAAAGCCGAAGACCAUGGCUGUGCAGGCUUACGGUCACAUCUCCAACUUCUACGCUGACAAGAUGAAGUCCAGUCAAGAAGGCGGCUCGUUAAGUCAGGGUGCAAUUCUCGACAAAGUGCAUCAACUGUCAGAGCAUGUCACGAUAUGCUUGUCAGCGAUGAUCACAUAUCUGAGCGAAUAUGGAUUAGAACAUGUCUUCGACCUGACGAAGUACUUCCAGCCGUUCAGCGCGAGAUCGUAUAUGCUUCUAAAUGGCAACACACUUUCGAGCCUCGAAAUUUAUCAAAACCAGACCGACUACACCGCUAAAGGCAGCUUGUUCUCGACAAUGGACAGGACGAAAACUCGCUUCGGACACCGUCUCCUGAGAAAGUGGGUCGGUCGGCCGCUGAUUGACAAGGAACGUCUGGAAGAACGCAUUGCGGCAGUGGAAGAGCUCAAAAAUGGCGAGAACACCAUACCUUUUGACAAGUUGAAGUUUUUGCUCAGUAAGAUCAGGACUGAUCUUGAGAAGGUGCUAAUUAGGAUCUACUACAAGAAAUGCACGCGACCAGAGCUCUUGGCCGCACUGCAGACACUUCAGGAUAUCUCUGGUCAGUACCUGCAGAUAAAGUCACCCGAGCAAAGUGGCUUCUCGUCGACUCUGCUCAGAGACGCGGUGUCAAACAUUCCCAAGAUCUACGACGACCUCAACAUGAUCCUUGAGAAGAUCAAUGCCAGUGCCGCUAAAGCCGACGACAAGUAUGGCUUCUUUCAGGAAGAGCAUGAAGCGGAAGAUAUCAACGACUUGAAGCUCAGCAUCGCCUCAGUCGAAGACGAUCUCAACACUCACCGCCAGGAAGCUGCCGCAAAGCUUGGAGUAACGAAAGUCGACUAUGUUACUGUUGCCGGCAUCGAAUACCUUAUUGAAGUCAAACGCAAGUCUCCGCAAGAAAAGAAAGUUCCUGCUUCAUGGCAACAGAUCUCUGCGACCAAGGCUACCCUGCGUUUCCAUACACCCGAAGUCAAGCGCAUGUGUCAAGAACGUGAUCAGUACAAGGAGUCCCUAGCCGCAGCCUGUGACGCUGCGUUCAUGCGCCUGCUGGACGAAAUCUCAGCAAAGUACCAAGAGUUUCGAGACUGCGUUCACUCCAUCGCAACACUCGAUGCGCUCUUUUCCUUGGCCACUCUAGCUAACCAACCCGGUUACGUGAAGCCUACAUUCACAGAUGGGAUCGAGCUUAACAUUACUGGUGGCCGGCAUCCUAUGGUAGAACAAAUGCUACUAGAUAGCUAUGUGCCGAACGACCUCCAGCUCUCGCACUUAGCUACGCGCGCUCUGUUGAUUACGGGACCUAAUAUGGGCGGCAAGUCCUCAUACGUGCGUUCUGCUGCUCUCAUCGCCAUCAUGGGUCAGAUCGGGUCGUACGUGCCUGCUACAGAAGCACGUCUUGGCAUGCUCGAUGCGGUGUUCACGCGUAUGGGCGCGUUUGACAACAUGCUGAAGGGCGAAUCAACCUUCAUGGUGGAACUCAACGAGACAUCUGACAUCUUAAAGUCUGCAACGCCGCGUUCACUUAUCAUCCUGGACGAGCUCGGCCGUGGAACCAGUACGUUCGACGGGGUUGCUAUUGCUGAAGCAGUGCUCGACUAUGUGAUUCGCGACCUGCAGAGCUUGACGCUGUUCAUCACACAUUACCAGCACCUGUCCAAGCUCCACUCACGAUUUACAAACAACGAACUGAAGAACGUGCACAUGUCUUUUGAGGAGCGCGAUGGUGGCAGGGAGGUCGUCUUCCUGUACGAGGUCGCCGAAGGCACCAGUCACCGAUCCUAUGGACUCAACGUCGCACGGCUGGCAAAGGUACCAGAGAAAGUCAUCGAUGUUGCUGGUGUGAAGAGCGCUGAGCUGGAAGACAACAUGGUGGCCUGCAAGAUGGGGAACUUGUCUCGUCUGAUCAACGGCUUGAUGAACGACGAUUCCGAACAGGGUCUUGACAGACUUGCCGAAGGCAUCGAGCAGUUAUAAAUAUAGCUUGAAGCAUACCAGGCUUGAUGCAAGUAUGUACCAGGCACAUCAGGAUUUAGACGUGAUGAAAUAAUACCUCCCUUUUCCU